AUGAGCAAGCCUGUGUCAACAAAUCCCGCAAAUCGCUUUUGCGAUCUAACCAAGUAUAUUAACAGUUGGACAGACUUGCUGGGCGUGGAUAUUCUGGACCCAGUAUUGAAAUUUAACUAUCGCACUUGGACCACGAUCUUCGCGAUUAUUAAUUUUACGGUCUUCACCUUAUACUCGAUGUCAGAUAACGGAGGUGACUGGUUAGUCAGCCUAAAAGCCAGUCUUAUGAUGGGAGGAUUAUUGCACGGGCUCGGAAAAUUUCUGACCUGCAUAGUGAAGCAAAAAGAAAUGCGCAGUCUGACAUUGUUUACCCAAAGUAUUUAUGCUGAGUACGAGAAAAGGGAUAUCUCCUAUUGCUCUACCUUAGAUACAAAUAUCGACCGAAUACAAAGAAUUAUGAAAGGAAUCGGAUAUGGGUAUGUGGUAACUAAUUUUCUGAUGGUUUUUACCCCACUAGCAAUGUUAGUCUACAAUGACUCCCGGAUGACUGUGAUGAUGUAUGAGAUACCUGGCUUGCCGAUUCAUAAAACUUUUGGAUAUGCUCUUACAUUCUUGAUCCAAUUGGUCACAAUUUGUGUUAGAGGAUUUGGAUUUUACGCCGGCGAUUUGUUUGUGAUGCUUGGAUUGACUCAAAUUUUAACCUUUUCUGACAUCCUUAACCUCAAAAUAAAGGACUUGAAUUCUGUCUUAAGUCUUAAAGCGGAGAAAAGAGUUCUGCUGCCAGUGGGUGCACCAAUUGAAGGCGAAGAAGAGCGUCAGAGGUUGCUUAUUGAAAUGAUAAAAUGGCAUCAGCUAUUCACCGACUAUUGCCGAUCAGUGAAUAAACUAUACAAUCCCUUAAUUACCACUCAAGUUCUGGCCAUGGCUUAUGAAAUAAUGGCCAGUUUUUGCAUUAACUUAAAUGGUUUUCACUCACCAUCUGCAAUUAAUUUUGUUCUGGCCGCCUAUUGCAUGUCAGUCUAUUGCGUAAUGGGGACUAAAAUCGAAUUUGCUUACGAUGAGGCUUACGAGAACAUUUGCAAUGUUUCCUGGUAUGAAUUGUCUGGGGAGCAGAGAAAGAUUUUUGGCAUGAUUCUGCGAGAAUCGCAGAGUCCUCAAAAUAUUAAACUUCUAGGUGUGUGGUCCUUGUCCGUAAGAACAGCUCUGCAGAUUAUAAAACUAAUUUAUAGCGCAUCUAUGCUUAUGACAGGAGGCGAUUAAAAAAACAAAAACCUAGAUUCGCUUUGAUGAAGUAAUUAACUGCACCUUCACAUUAAAUAAAAAUAAUUAUUGCAUCACAGGCUUUCGAAUAUAUCUGACAAAAUUAAUAAAAGAAUAUCUCGAAUAAUAUUAGCUUAAUCCCAAUUUAAAGCGCAAAUAAAAUUUGAAUUUCAGCUCAA